GUUUUCUACAACACAUAACACUUGCAAACGACACUUUAUUAUCAUAAGCAAUAUGCCCAGAAUAGCUUUUUAUCAACCUACUUAAUCAAAAAAAAAAAAUCACCGCGAAAAUGAAGUACACCAUCAUACUACCCCCCCUCGUCGCCAUCCUAACCGCGGCCAGUGUCCCUAGCACCAACUCGGACGCCUCGGGCGUUGUCGCCCGCCACGAGGGUCAUCAUGACGAUACCACUAAGUUGGACCUCGUGGAUGUCGUUGCUCGUCGCGAAAACCAAGAGGAUCAGGACAGCGACCCGGAGACGAACAACGUCACCGCCCGCCACAGCCAGGGCGACGACGACCAUGACACGAGCGAGGGCGACGAGGACGAUGUGCAGGGCCUGGAGAAGAGGCGCCGCCGCGGGGGCAGCCGCGGCCGCGUCGGCACGUACCACGGCGGCCACAAUAACACCCACAUAUCUGGCGCCAGCGCGCUCCUGAGCCUCGACUUUUUGGACUCCUCGCUGUUGGGCUGGUGGGGGCUGGUGUCGGUGCCAUCUAUGUGUGAGAGCGAAUCGGUGGACGAUCUUCUUAUCAUCGGGUCCUUCUAUGGCAACCAUCGGCCGAGGAUCUGAGAUUAAUUACUUGCUGUUGUUAUUAUCAAUGUCUUGUGUGGUUGAGGGGGUGGGUGUUUCGCGGUUUUCUUGCUUUAUUGGUGCAAAAUAAUAUACCGCUG